AUGGGUAAGAGGGUUGAUAUGAGUGAUCUAGAAGCAGACUGGAUGGUAAUGUUCCAAAAAAAAUAUUACUAUCCACUCUACACGAUAUUUGCAUUGUUUAUUCCGGUGUGGGUACCCAUACAAUACUUCGGAGAAACGUUUUGGAACUCACUUCUUGUGUGUUACUUCUUCCGCUACCUCUUCCAAAUAAAUGGAACAUGGCUUGUAAAUAGUGCUGCACAUUUAUAUGGAACUAGACCUUAUGAUAAGAAUCUUCAACCAGUGGAAUCCUGGUUUGUGUCCUUUAUAACUUUCGGGGAGGGCUGGCACAACUAUCAUCACACAUUCCCUUGGGACUACAAAGCAGCCGAACUCCCGACGUUCCUCAACACAUCGGCUGUAUUGAUCCGAAUGUUUGAAAGACUAGGCUUGGCAUAUGAUUUGAAGACCGUCUCACCAGAAAUGGUUACUAAAAGAAUAAUUCGAACAGGCGAUGGUACGCAUUAUGUCUUUGGAAACGAUGAAGCAAAAGCCGCAGUGACAGCUAUCGGUCCCUUGCAUCCUCUCAACCCGUCUUACACUACGAAAUAUAAGCCACCAAAAGCCAAUUUAAAUGAUCAAGGUUUACCACUUUUUCACGAAAUGGAUGUAAUAAAUGUUGGUUCCAAAACAAAUAAUCGAAAUUCUACCAAAGCCUAG